AUGUUGGCAACGGGCCAGCCACACUGUCGACCAGGCCUCGCUCCUGCUCCCAACAUUCCAAAUCCGCGAAACGCUGGGAGAAAAAAGAGCAAUCCGGUAAUUUUUUCAUCUCCCAGUUUCAGAAAAGUGAAAUAUUGUUUUUUCUGGAGGUACUUUGUUUCUAUAAAACACGUUUCCUGGUUUUCUUUCAAAACUUCUUAAUAGGAUCUCUUAAAUCAAAUUCCCAGUCCUCACCUCAAUUACGGUACUGUGAGUUCAUUCUCAGCCUGAGUAGUUACUUUUUCUUUUUUAGAAACAUUAGGCUUACUCUCAAAUCUUCCGAUGAACGAAACAAUAUUCUGAAGAUACGGAGAGUCUAAAGUGGGAGGUUUUAUGAAUACUAUGAAGUUAAUAUGUAGUUGAUGAGGCGGUUUUGGUUGGUUUGGGACACGAAGAAAAACAUUUUAACACGAAUUUGCUUUUUUAUCGAGAGGGGGAGGUCGAAUUGAAAUAUCACAGUAAAUAGACUAGUACUCCUUAUUAAGCCUGAUUUUUGCGGCAGGUUUUUUCGAUUUUGACUGACUUUGUUCAAGAGAAUGCCUCCAGUUUGAAGCAGUGUCUUGAAUGAUUUAUCGGAAAAAUGGAACGGAUCUGGCCGUUUUCAGGUGUGGGACUUCUUCACGGACCUCAGGACUCACGGAUUGGCGGGCGUUCGCUGUCGAUUCUGCCACUGGGUGACCAAUGACCGGAGUCCCACCACAAUGAAGUUUCACCUCAAAAGGAAGCACGACACCGGUCCGUUUUCCGCUUUUUGUUCGGCUGAACGGCUCUUCUUUGCAGGACCAGGAGGACUUUGGGCCAUUUGCGAGGAAAAGAUCAACUCUCAAGCGCCGGCAAAUUACGCGCCGCGCACCAAAAAAAUGGUGAGAAACUUUUUUUUUCCCCGUCUGGCAUAAACAGUUUAGUUUUCGGUUCUUGAAAAACUUACUGUAGAAUCGCAGAAAUUUUUUUUCUUUCUUUUUCAAAUUUUUUUUCUCGAAUAGAAAUGAGCUAUCCAUUAACAUUUUAAUUCGUGAAUCCAACGAUUUGCCCACUCAGCAAGAGCCAUUCAAAUACUUAUUGAUGACUUGUUUGAACAAAGUGACGUGUAGGGCCUCCAAUCGGAAGAUUUGCUGAUGAAAGCUUUGGCGCAACAAUCCUUCGCCUUCAACCCGUUCGCCACCGCCGAAGUCAAAUUACGAGGUUUUUUUUUUCGCUUUCAUCCUUCCCGCCAUUCGCUAACAUUUGGGAACAUCCAGAUGGAUUAGUAAUAUAAGCCGAGAAAAAAAAAUAUCUGUGACUGGCUUCUAACAAAAAAGUCAUUUCACUCGAAGUUUUCGAAUUCCCCGAAUAGAAGGACCAAUCAGCCAACUUUAAGGUACUGAUCAGGCUUUUUCUAUCAUCUUUCUUCUCAUCGAGUAAAAUUUAGUAGAAAAUAUUUUAAACAAAGUUUUCUUUGGGAACUUUCAGAAAAUGUUUCUUUUUAGCCCAAGACGACUUUUUGAGCACUCUGAUCCAGCAAGCAGCUCAAUAUUCUGCGUCGUCACCGUCUUGUGUGAGCUUUCAUAGUUUUUGAUCUUCAUUUUCUUCGUUUUUGUCAUGGUGAAAAUGAGUUUUCAGGAAGCCGGCCAGGAAAAUGAAUCGAUAGCCUUGUCCGACUCUUUUUUCCUCGGGAAACUCAACGCUUCAGAAAACGGAAAUGUGAGAUUACUUAUUCAAACUGGGCCAUUUCGGGAAUUUCAGAAGGAAGAAGACAGUUCGUCGUCUUCAGUCAGUGGAAUCGCCGCCUCGAGCGAAUUCCAACUCAGUGAUGGCUCUAGUAUUGCGGCCCUCUUGCAGGUUUUUCGAUUUUCUCGAAUUUAGAAAAAAAGAAAGAUUUUUCUCAGAUAGCGACAGACUCGGAUCUGACGUUCACAUUCAAUGCGCGACGCGUUGGAGAGUACUGUUUCGAGUCGAAUAAGAGAAAUGUAAGAUUUUCAUUGGGCAAUUAGGAGAAGAAUUGAAGAAAAAGCAAAAGCUGAAAUUCGAACUAACUUUUUCACACUUUUGGAAAUAUAUGUAUGAAAAGCUUAGGCUGACGUCAAAACAGUUUUUUUUAUUCUUUUGAGGCAUUAGAUGUUAUUCAUUUUGUAUGAUAUGGAAGUUCAACUUCCCAGAAUCAUGCUAACUUGAAACGUAUGCGAGGUUGAAAAAUUAGAAAAGAAAAUCAUUUAGGUGAGCAAAUCUUGUAAAAUUUGAUGUGAAUUUUCUAUCUCCGGAAAUAUGUAAGACAAGCUAGUUUCUCGUUUUUUCACCCUAACUUUUGUUCUCGAAAUUUUAAGACUUGACGUGUACCUCUUAUUAUCGAUUUCUACAUCUUAAAUUUAGUUUACAAAGUAAAUUACAUCUCAAAUCGAAGUCUUGGAUCAGAGUUUGAGAAAAAGUUGGAAAGAGCGUCGGUAGAACGUCAGAACCUACAUUUCUCUCUGGAAUCCCAACAUUUGCGGCUCUCUGAUUGCUGACCACACAUAUUGGAGCUUUUUCGCAGUUAUUUUCUAGCUCUUGUUUUCAAUCUUGGGAUAAAUGAAAGAACCCUUCCUUGAGCAAAAUUCAAGCAAAGACCUUGCGGCCACCAGAAAUGAGUUUGAGAAAUGAGAAAUGAGAUGAAAAAUGAGAUGAGAAAUGAGAAACGUGUACUGAUUUGAGGUUUCAGAGCCGAAUGGUGGUCUUGUGCGACUGCGGCAACGAAAUUCGCGUGGCGCAACGCGAGUCCGACGAAGAAGUCCGCGUGGAGAUGUGGCGGAAAAGCGACUGGCUGCAGUUCACCUGGGCCGUCCGGGGCACCUGUCUUCAUUUCCUCAAGUCUUAG